UCACCCACGUCAAAUUCGUUUAUUAUUGUAUCGCUUGCAUGUCCUGUGCUGCGAAAAAACACUGAAAAUAACAACAUUAACUGCGAAAACUACACAAAACAUGGCAUCAACAUCAGCAUCCACAUCAAGCCAACCUUCAUCAUACCCAGACGCCAUAAAAAACUGGACACAAUUAGAAAAAUACCACCUAAUGCUAGCAUUGAAAUCGUGGCAUCGAAACGACAUUGAAAAGAUUCAAGAACUCAUUGUAACUAAAACUGUCGAAGAAACGAGAGCUGCAGUGGAAUACUACACUCAAAUAGCGUCCCAACACCCCGCUUUACUGCAAAAAGAGCAAGAAAUUAAGCCAAAACUAAGCCGCAAACCUACAACACCAUUAAAUCGAUGGGCGAAGUUAUUGACUGAUAAUUUGAAUUUAGAAGACCUACGCACAGAAACAGCGACUGCAGUACGCAUGGUAGCGGACCUGGAGAACAUACCACCAGCAGUUUGCACAGAUAACAUAGAUUUUCGUGAAAUUUACCGCCAAAUUGCGAACGCUAUGGAAGGAAAACCAAUCAUUCUCGAUGUGGCCAGUUCUUCAGUGUUUCACAAAUGUGUUCUAGAAACAGCGUUAUCAAGUAAGGCCUUUAUAAAGACUGCGGCGUUUAAAUACAUUAUUAAUAAUAUAGAUUUGUCUGAUAAAGAGAUAAAUACGUUUCCGAGGCCUACGGAGAAGCAUGAGCUUGGUAUCUUAAGACAUUUGGCGUCACAAAGGGCAUACAAUCCAUUGAAUGUUCCGGAAGAAAACUUGAAGCCGUCCUGUGAGAGUGCGCUUAAUGAACAUAAAAUGCCGUUGGACCCGCAGUAAGAUGAUUAAGUUAAUUAAAACUAGUUUCUGCUAGUGGCUUCGCCCGCAUUCAUAUUAAAAGUAGCCUAUGUGUUAUUACAGACCAUAAUCUACCCCUGUUUCAAAUUUCAUUUUUGAAACCUUAAGCUGUUUUGAUGUGAAAGAGUAGCAAAUGAUAUAUUAUAUUUAUUAUUGCAUAUUGAUUACAAGAUAACACUUUUACAUGUCAAUCUCUAAAAUAACUAGAUGAGACUAUUUUCUAUCGGACUACUCUGAGAAGAAAUACUGAAACUGUGAUGUGUAUGUGAACUUGUAUGUGUGUAAACACUUCCAUGACACAGGAGAAAAUCCUAGUCAGGAGCAAAAUUUUUUUAAAACAAAAUAAACUUACUAUUGUGGCUUACUCCCCUUAUGUAUAAGAGGCUCAUAGUCCAGCAGUGGACUGUCUCAGGCGGUAGAUAUGUAGUAAAAACAAUUUCCUAUUAAUAUCUAGUAGAUACUAAAUAAUCACCUGUAGAUUUGCUUACUAAAGAUACAAUUUUAAUAUAAUAUAUUUUGUAUAGCAAAAUUUUUGAGUAAAACCUAAGGAUAAAACACUUAAAUAUAAGAUUUACUGUAUAGAUAAUAAGGUAUUAUUUUGCCUACCUCAAGUAAGAAAUUAGGACAUGGGACUUAACUAUAAUACAAUUGGUGAAAAGUGGGCUUUCCCACCAGAGAUGUGCUAUGUAGCUAUGCUAUAACUGCCUUGUUGGCCAAGUGGUUGCAAGUGCGACUGCCGGGCAAGGGGUCUUGGGUUCGAUUCUCGGGUCGGGCAAAGCAUUGCUGGGCUUUUUUCGGUUUUUCGAAAAUUUCUCAGUAGUAGCACGGAGUCUGGAAAUGUGUCCAGUAUAUGGCAAUAGGCUCACCACCUAUUACAUGGGACUUACAACAUAAAUUGUAAAAAGUGGGUGUAAAUUGUAUAGUGGCAUUACUUGUUGUAAUGUACAUGUCUGCCUACCCCUUCGGGGAUAAUGAUAAUAAAAAAAUAAAAUGUAAUAGGUUAAGCUGUGAAACUAUGUGACCUUUUCCACUGUUAGUACCUAAACUACGUAGCUGUGUUAGGAAGAUAUGCAGCAUGAGUAUAUGAUCAAGCUAUCCAUAUUAUGCAUCUUUCCAUAUAAAACACAUACCUUAGCUGAGUCUGUUUCCACCAAUGCUAAGCUAUGUGUAUCAAUGAAUAUGUUUGGUGAACGUAGCACAGCACAUCUCUGGUGGUUAGUGAAUGACUAGUGCUUUACAGAAAUAAAUCCUAGUGCGGGGCAAUGCUUUUAUACAUGGUGACUUUGAAUUCGACAUAUUCCUCUCGGAAGGUAAUAUCUCAAAAACCACCCACUUUCCGCCCAAGGACCUCAGGGCUAAUUUUGUAGGAAAUUAAUAAUUGUAUAAUCACCUCCCGAGAGGAAUACGUCGAAUUUCAAGUCACCUGUAUAAUAAAGGUAAUAUUGUCAUUAUAGAAACAUUGUCAUUAUAGAAUUUAAUGUUACUCAUGUCAUAUACAGGGUGUCCCUGAAAUCGACGUCCAACGGGCACUAGAUGAUUAGCAAGGUUCCAACUGUUAUCAGAAAAAUAUAAAAAAAAAUCUAAGUCCUACAGUUUUAAAUUACAGCGACUUAUGUGUUAUCCAUGAAAAAGUACACCCUGUGCCAGUCUUUUGACUCUUGUUGCUACAAAUCUUUAUUUUUUCGUCUGCAGUCUUCCUUACAUUAUCCUGAAUAGUGCUCCAAUAAUAUGGAAUCAUAAAUUCUUAGCCAACUGCUUUAGAUUGGAAAACAUUGUUAGUUUUAGAGGAACCAAAUACUCUGAAUAAAUUUUUCACCUUACUUUAAGUGACUGUACUGAAUAAAUUAUGUAUUGCGCUAGUAGUGGCAAAUUUCACCAAAGUUGGCGCAUUUAAUAAGGAUUCUAAAAUGGUAUAGCACUUUGCACAUUAUUUUUUAAAUUCGACACAAAAAAAGAUUUUUCAACGAAACUCGGUUUCGAUGAAUUUAUUUGAACUUACUAAUAUUUCUUCUAGUGUACUCAAAUCAUACGUUAUAACCUCGUAUGCACUAGACAACACUUUGCACGCGAUUUGUUAUCAUCAUGUUGAAAAUCAGCGAGGAUCUCUUGUCAAACAACAUUAUCUGUUUACCCGUGAUUUCGCUUGCACCUUUCGUUGGCAAUAUUAAUAGACUUACUAGAGGAACUGAUGUUGUGUAUCAUGUUUCACUAAAUAAUAUUGAAUGAUUGCAAUAUGAUGUUCAUAGUGUAUCAAACACAUUAUCAAAUGUGUAGUAAAAUCAAAAGGAACGGACGCGGCAGAUUCAUGUACACAGCAUAUCGACGCGGUAGUGGUAUGGUGUACAUGAGCCCUUACGCACAAUUACUCGUCAUGACCCCAUCAAAAAAAAAAAAGAAAUGGGUGAAUCCUCCGAUUAAGUUACGUGUUCAUGCCUUGUGAUCAAAUGCGGGAUGAAGCAUCAAAUAUUAUUUAGUUUGUCGAGAAAAAGUUAUUUGCACCGUUGCAAGGAAUUGCAGGUAAAGCAAAAAAUAAUUUAAAAAAGAAAUAAUCAACACGGCGCAAAAAAGCCAGUGCUCAGCUAAAAUACCGAAGCCCGGGUACGAUGGCUCGAGAUGCACAACACCAGUUCUUCUAGCGAUAAUAUUGCCGACGAAUGCUGCAAGCGAAAUCACGGGUAAACAGACAAUGUUGUUUGACAAGAGAUCCUCGCUGAUUUUCAACAUGAUGAUAACAAAUAGCGUGCAAAGUACUGUAGUGCAUACGAGGUUAUAACGUAUGAUUUGAGUACACUAGAAGAAUUUUUAGUAAGUUCAAAUAAAUUCAUCGAAACGGAGUUUCGUUGAAAAAUCUUUUUUUGUGUCGAAUUUAAGAAAUAAUGUGCAAAGUGCUAUACUAUUUUAGAAUCCUUAUUAAAUGCGCCAACUUUGGUGAAAUUUGCCACUACUAGCGCAAUACAUAAAUUAUUCAGUACAGUCACUUAAAGUAAGGUGAAAAAUUUAUUCAGAGUAUUU